GACACACACACACAGACACAUACACACACACGCGCGCGUACCGCUGCAGGAGAAGAGGAUGAUGUUCGGCUGAGUAGCUUCGUAUUUUUUGCUGAAUCUGCUAAAUGUAACACAUUUCUCUAUAAAUGGAAUUCUUCUAAGUGAAACACAGAGAAUGGAGACAUUAGAAGCAUGUGAUCCGUACAGCCGCCCGGCGCGCAGAACACAAUGGAUAGUGAGCACACUGGCUUACCAUUACGGGCUCGACCGCGGCGUGGAGAACGAGAUCAUAGUUCUCGCCACUGGGCUGGAUCAGUACCUGCAGGAGAUUUUCCAUCAUUUGGACUGCCAAGGAGACGGCAAGAUCCCAGUGGAAGAUUUCCAGAUCCUAUGUGAAAUCCUGGGGCUGAAUAAGGAAACCGAGUCGGAGGAGUGCGCGGGGAUUUUGGACAGUUUACCGAGCGAGUUCACGUUCCGUCAGUUCCACGCCAAACUGUGCGGUUACUUCAGCACCAAGGCUGGUUGCCUUUAUGAGGACGGCCGGCUGCUGGUGGGAAGAGAGAGCGAGCACAUUGAGACCCAAAUCCGGCUCCGGAGCCCAAUGAGGCGCAGAGAGAAGCUUCUCAGCCUGGGCACCGAGAGGCGCGCUAGUGACUCCACGAAUGCAUCAGAUCAGUACAGUACAGGAUGCAGGCAAGGUUCAUGUACGCGCGAAUGUUAUGAGGACAUUGUGGCUUUGGAGGAAGCGGAGGACAGGAUAGCCAAACUGGAGGAGGAAAACGCAAGUCUGCGGGAGUUAGUGGAGGACAUGCGUGCGGCUCUUCAAAGCAGUGAUGCGCGAUCUUUGGCUUUACAAGUUGGACUUUGGAAAAGCCAUGUGAAACACAGGCAAGGCAGUGGUUGCUUUGUUGGCCAUCAAAACCGCAUGGUUCAGAAAUCCACCACUCAGGGCAGUAUGAAAAGACUUCAGAACUUCUUCACAGAGACAGAACUGGUCCGGAACUCUGAGCAGGUUGAAGAUGUCAUACUCCUCAACAAGAAGCUGGAGCAGGAGCUGCGUGUAUCUAGGGAGGCUGUGCUGUUGCUAGAGGAAUGCAACAGAACCCUGAAGAAGGAGCAGGUGGAGAUGAGAAAGAAAGUGGAGGAAGCCAGGGAGGCUUUGCUCAGUGGAUUGGGCAAAGUGAAAGAGCUGGAAGCCAAAGCCAGCCAUGUACCUGUCCUGCAAAGGCACAUGCAGCAGCUAGAGAUGGAACUUCUCUAUUACAGAGCCGAGAUCCCCAAAUUUCCUGCGUCUAAAAUGUUCAGCAGCACAGAUGAGCUGCAUUUCAGGGGCAACAUGCACCAAAGCAGCCGAUGUUGUCUGGAUACACAGCGAGAUCGUGGCUCUCCAACAGGUCAUGCAGAGACAAGUCACGACAACAUGGAGGAGCAGCUCUUCCGCUCAGUGGAGGGUCAGGCAGCGUCAGAUGAAGAGGAGGAGAGGUGGACAGGAGAGCAGCAGAGACAAGUGGAUGAGGUGAAAAGGAUUCUCACCAGGCUCUCAUGCUGUGGAGACAGGUGUGAUGAGAGUGCUUUGAAGAAGCUGCUGUCUCACUGGGGCGAGUCGUGGGCAGAGGAGAGCCACACUGCUGUUCUGCAGCUGUUGGAACGAGUGAGUCGUCUCCACAAACAGCUGGAGCUGAGAGAGAGCCAGGUCUGGAGAUCUGAAACUGACCCUGAGCAGAUAACGGACUCAUUAGUACAAGAGCUACAACAGAAGGCAGAGGAGACAGAGCUCCUCCACAGAGAACUACAGAUGUUGGAGACGGAGAGGGUGCGUCUGUCACUGGUUGAGGAAAAGCUUAUGGAUUUGCUGCAGCUCCUCCAGCAGCUCAGAGAUCUGAACGUUUCAAGGAGGUCUCUGGGUAAGAUCUUACUGAGUACGCUGGAGUCUUGCAGUGAUCCAUAUCAUGGUACAUUUUUAAAUCCUGUCUCUGUCGCUCAUCAGCAAAAUCACUGGCAUUCAUUCAGCCUGAUCGUGAACAUCCAUCUUGCUUUUUUCCACACAGGGAAGGCUCAUAUUUUGGAGGUGCUGAAUGCUCUUUGUCAUGAAUUGGCUGCAUGUGAGAUCCUCUCGAGCAGUGGCACAUCAGAGAACCCACAGAGUCACUCAUCCCUCACUAACUCCCUUCUCAUCUCCUGCUGAGCAGCUGACCAAACCGUGAAGGACUUCUUUCUGCAGAGGUGCAUUGUUGGAUGCUUUUUCUCUUUGCUCUCUGUCUAGACUUCUGUAAUUAUUUGUUAAUAUUUCUGUUUUGUUUGUCUUCUCGCUGUACAUGAAGAGAUAUUUCAUGUAGUACGUUCUCCCACUUACCCAGAAAAGCCAAGUCAGGUAGUAUUAUUAAGCUAGAACAAGAUGAAGCCUUUAGUUGUCACAUAAACAUUACAGCACAGUGAAAUUCUUUUUUUUUUCAUAGCUUAGGGAGCUGGGCUUAGAGCACAGGGUCAGUCAUGUUAUGUUUCCUCAGAGAGCAGAGAAGGCUAAGGGCCUUGCUUAAGGGGCCAACAGUGGCAGCUUGAACCUUCCAAUCAGUAACCCAGAGCCUUAACCACUGAGCGACCACUGCACGUCAACUAACUCAGAUAUCCUCGUCUGUGAAAUGAAUUAUUUACUAAUAUGUUUAAUAGAGGGUGGCACAAUGAUGCACAGUGUAGAUGUUCUCCCAGUAUCAGGGUGAGUUUCCUCUGGGUUCUCAGGUUUCCUCCCACCUCUUAAAAACAUGCUAGUAGAUGUAUUCCCUGCCUCGUGCCCACUGUUCCCAGGACAGGGUCAAUUAAUUUAAUGCUAGUUUCUGGACUAAUUUACUCAACAUCCAUCUUGAUUCAUGACUCAGUGCCACAGAAAUGUUAAGUUCUUAUUAUUAUUUUAGAAAUUCCAUGUUAUAAUGUUAUUCUUGUUAUAAAACUGUUAAAACAUCAAGUUAUAUAUACUGUUAUAUUAUUUGACCAGUCAAAAACCACUCAGGUAUGUUUACCUGUUUGAUUUACACUCCACCCCCUGCUAUGGAAAUACAAACUGUGACAGACAGGAAAAUAUCUGUCAGCAGUAUCCUACUGUGCAUAUACUGCUAACUCCAGAAUUAUUGGCAUCCUAAAUGCAAAUGAGCAAACAUGAACAUGUACAAAAUCAAUAGUUGUUAUAGAAUAGUUUUUAAUUCGACUUUAGGUACAGACUGAAAUAGCCAUUGCAAAGCACUGAUUUUGUCUCCAGAAACUUAAUCUCAGGAAGGCCUUCAAUCUUUAAUUCUGCAUUGCACCUCUCUGCAUCCUCAUUACUUUCCACUGUUCCUUAAAAAUGUUAAACUGAUAUAGACAUUUAGACAUUUUAAUUAAUAUUGUCUGGACUGUAUCCAUGAUUUGAGCUGUGCAGAUCAACUGAUUAUUUAACAGGAUCUGUUAGGAUCUGACUCUGAAACUGAAGGUUUGCUCUGGUCCUGGAUGAUUAUCAUGCUGUUUAUUGUACUUGUGGUUGUUGAGUAAAAAAAUGGGAAUGGAAUUAUUUUAAUAAUGAAAAUAUGCAUUUAUUUUAAAUAUACAUUUGGGUUGUCACUAUUUUUGCCAUUUUUGUGAGAGCAAAUAUUUUGUUUAAAUUUAAAGCUCUUUUUGAUGUGAAUGAUUUUUGCUUUAGAGGAAAUGUUGGAAACGUUCUGUGCGGUAUUUUGUAUGUUUUUAAGAGGGAUGUCAAUAAUUCUGGAGUUGAUGGAACAUGUGUAUGGUUUGUAAGCUGCGUUUUUGCCAUUUAACUUACAAACUACUUUUAGCACUUUUUAAGCAUACAGUUGUUUGUUCUAAUCUUUUUGUGAGCAACAGUCACACAUUAAAUGUGUGAAGAUGUAGCGAUAAGCAUCAUGCUUAGAGGUACAUAACCUCUCAUUUAUGGGCAUUAUUUGUUGUAUAGUCUGAGUAUCCCGA